AUGGGCAUAGGAGUGUUGGGUCUAAUCCCAGUUUCAUCCCCAGACAGUCUACGGAAAGUACUUGAAACACUUUCGGGAAAAUGGGGAGAUGUAGUUGAAGAUCUCGAGAGGAUUCAGGUGCAACCCAUGAAAGGCGCAAUGACUAACCAAGUUUUCAUGGUGAAUUGGCCCACUAAGGAUAACCAUUUUCAACACAUGAAGCUUCUUGUUCGAGUUUAUGGCCACGGAGUUGAUCUGUUCUUCGACAAGAAAGACGAGAUUCGUACGUUCGAGGGUCACAGUCCUAGACUCCUUGGUCGGAUCGAGGAGUUUAUCAAUGCUCGGACUCUAUCUAUCGAUGAUUUACGUGAUCCAGAAGUAUCUGCUCUUGUUGCGGCUAAGCUUAGAGAAUUUCAUGGCAUAAACGUUCCUGGUAAUGGAAAUGUGCUCCUUUGGGAUAGAAUGAUGAAUUGGCUAGAACAAGCCAUGAGUCUGUGUACACCUGAAGAUUCAGCAGAGUUUGGUCUAGAGAACAUUGAAACAGAGAUCAACUUUCUGGAAUAUAACCUAAAGUAUGAGUAUAAACAGCAGGAGAUUGGGUUUUGUCAUAAUAAUUUGCAGUAUGGUAACAUCAUGAUUGACGAAAUUACCAGUGACAUUACAAUCAUUGACUACGAGUACGCGAGCUAUAACCCAGUUGCAUAUGACAUAGCAAAUCACUUCUGUGAAAUGGCGGCAAAUUACCAUUCUGACACUCCCCAUAUCUUGGAUUACACUCUAUACCCAGGAAAAGAAGAACGGGUGAGAUUUAUUCAUAACUAUCUCAGAUCUUCAGGGGAGGAUCCUAGAGAAGAAGAGAUAAAACAGCUCUUGGAAGAUGCUGAGAAGUACACAUUGGCAAGCCAUCUCUUCUGGGGAUUAUGGGGAAUCAUCUCUGGACAUGUGAAAAAGAUCGAUUUCGAUUAUGCUGAGUACUCAAGACAGAGGUUUAAACAGUUCUGUCUACGAGAACCCCAGCUCUUGCGAUCCUUUUCUUGGAAAGUCAAGCUUAGAAGUUGGAACCCUAUUGAACCUGGUGUAAGCACCAAGUUGUCAAGGGCUUAA